AACAAAGAAACCUCAUGACCAGCAUGUUGGCAACAAAAACUAUCCCAUGAUAGACUGAUGGUCGAAUCCAUCAUCCCCGUAGACGAUGUUCUCUUCAGCUUCAACAAAACUACUCCCUCCGUCCCGUUAGAAUGUUCCCGGUUUGACAUACACACAUAUUAAGGAAAUAAACUUACCAGGGAGUAAAUUUUACUGUUUUGACACUGUUUCGACACUGUUUGGCAUUGUUUCGACACUGUUUGACAUUGUUUCACACUGUUUGACCAUGUUUUGAUGUAGGAUAACUUUCCAUUUAGGGAAAUGGGAACUUUCCAACGGGACAUCCAAAAAAGGAAAGCGGGAACAUUCCAAUGGGACGGAGGGAGUAUAAUUCUUCAUUUUCUCCAUUUUUUUCGUUUCAUCCUUUCCAUUAAAAAGUGGAACGGUCGGCGCUUAAGUCCAGUGUCACUAUCUGAUUAAUGGAUUAAGGCUGGAGUCACUAAUUUUUGGGUCUGUUUGCAACAGUUUCUGCUUUAAAAAAAGUGCCUUUUUAAUGAAAUGGGGAGAAGUGAUUAAAUAAAAGUUGACAGUGUUUCAGAAAAAAAAUGAUUUUGAAAAGUAAAAGUUGGUAGUGUUUGGUAAAAUAAGUGUUUUUUGUGGAAUAGAAAAAGUAAAAGCACUUUUGACACAAAAGCCGAGAAAAAUAAAAGUUGGUAGUGUUUGGUAAAAUAAGUGUUUUUUAAGCCAAAAACUUAAUAGUGUUUUUUAAAGCAUUUGCAAACCAACCCUAAGAACAGGGGCGGAGGGAGGGGGCCGGUGGCCAAGCUGGGCUAUGGCCUAGGGUGAAUUUUUUUUUGUAUUAUAUACUCCCUCCGAUUCCUAAACAAGUUCCACAUUUGACUUCACACAUAUUAAGAAAAUAAAUUUGACUUUACUGUGGAGUGCACUGUUUGACACUGUUUGAACACUGUUUGACACUGUUUUGAUAUAGAUAAUAAGGAAAUGUUUUAAAGUGGAACUUAAUUUUGAAUCUGCCCGAAAAGGAAAGGUGAAGCUUGUUUCAGAAACGGAGAGAGUAUAUAGAUUAAAGUGCCCCUAGGUUAAAUUUGUUUUUAGAAAUUGGCCCAGUGUAAAAAUAAUCUGGCCCAGUGAAGAAAUAUAUGGCCCAGUGCAAAAACACUCCAGCUCCCAGUAAAAGAAGUGAUGCGCCACAGUAGCAUCCAAGCCAGCGGGAGACGCAGGCCAAUUCCUUAACUCCUUAAGCCAGACGUCUUUCACGAAUCAGGCACCAUGCACGUCUCAGCCGGACGUCUCCUACUCACCGUGUGCUUGCUGACUCGCCGGAGACGCAUGCUAACUCACUAACUUAAAAGGUCAACCUGAUAGGAGAAGUAGCACAAGUGUUGAUAUAGCACUUUGUUCAUCCAAACGUUUCCGGUGUGGGACAUUUAACACCCCUCCUCACAACCAGACACUUUUUGUCUGGAUCGUGCAAUCAUUCAAUUUUUAUCGGUCUGUUUUUUUUCAUCCGGCCGUUUUUAUAUCAUGUCAUCAUUUUUCAUAAGGUGCCCCACACCAUGGAUUGAUUUGUCUCUGAUACCAUGUUAAGACUCGAGAUUUCAUCCUAAAAAGUCAACUUGAUAGGAGGAGGAGCUCAUGUGUUAAUAUAGCACUUUGUUCAUCCAAACGUUUCCGGUGUGGGACAUUUAACACUCCCUAAGGUCUAAGCUGCUCGGGCCACUCAGCGGCUGCUCCUGCUCCGCUGCUCCCCUGUGCGGACUGCCCAGCUUUCAUGGAUUCCAAAAGCCGAUUCUGCUUCUCCUCUCCUCAAUCUUACUCUUUAAGAGUUCAAGCCAAGCAAUUGAGGCGGUGCUGAACUUCGUGGAAGGCUGGGAGGAUAAAGUUUUUGGGUAUAAAACGAAAAGCUCCAGUGAUUUGCCUUCACUCAUUUGAGAGCUCUAAUCCAAAGUACAAAGUUUGAAUGAAUCCCCAGAAUAUUUAGCCAGCAUGUGAUUUCACUAUAAAGUACUCCGUAUACUGUAAAGCAAAUUGUAGGGUGCCCCACCCACCCCCACCUUUUGCCAGGCUUGGGUUUGAUAUACUUGAAAGUUGCCAUUUUGUAUGGACUGCCGAGGCCUAUGGGGCAUACUGGGAUGGCUAAAACAGCAACGCGAACUGUUAUAACCUUUUCUGUGCCAUAAGGUGAAAGCCAGUUCGUAGUUUCUUGCUCAUUAAAUCGCCAUUGCUGACUUCCUCCCAGUCUCGAGCUUUUUAAAGGGCCUGAAGUGAAGGUUAGGGGUUAAGGACUUUCAAGUUGGAUAAGUUUAUUGGCAUCUCAAGAGUGAUGGACAUCAUUUUGAAGCUAAUCAAAGCAGCAUUUUUUAUGCUGCUAUUGCUAUGGUGGUUGAGGGAUGUUUUGAAGAGAAAGAGACAAGGCGGUACUGUUGUUGAUGAUGAUGCUUCCAGACAUAAAGGAAAAACCAUGAUUUUAAAGAAGAUUGCAGUCUCACUGAACUUUAUCAUAGCAAUAUCUUUUCUGGGAUUUUAUCUCCAUGUCAUCUGGAGAGUUGGACACUAUUCCAUUGAUGAUUAUGUUUUAUCAGCCUUAACGUGGACUGCAGCUAGUUUAGUAUCUCUGUAUUCAUUAAACCGAAAAUCGGAAGAUAACAGGUGGCCUUUGAUGCUUGUUCUCUGGUGGGUCUUUUCGGCAGUAUGUUAUUUACUUUUGGUCAUUUUUCAUCUUGCCACCCUUUACUGUUACAUUAAGGUUCCAUUCGUAAUCCCGAAGACCAACAUCGUUGAUUUGGUCACUCUGCCACUGUCAAUUGGAUUGUGUUUUCACAUGCUUCCCAAGUUUUCUACCACAAGAGAACAGAAUGAGGCACAACAGCCGUUUCUUCCAAAAGAAUGCCAUGACCCCUUUUGUAGUGCUGGGAUUUGGAGCUGUGCUAUGUUCAUGUGGCUUAAUCCACUGUUUAAGAAGGGGCUUCAUGAAAGACUGAGACUAAAACACAUACCUUCCAUUCCUGAAUUUGAUACGGCUGAGCAUGCUUCAUCUUUGUUGGAAGAAGCCCUUCGGGUGCAGAUAGCUCCUUCACUUCCCAGUGCAAUAAUCCAUGCUGUUUGGUGGCCUCUCACUGCAAAUGCCUUUUUUGCAGGUGUUAACACAAUUGCAUCAUAUACAUGUCUCUUGCUGAUCACGAGCUUUGUGAAGUUCUUAUCAGAAAAACAUGAUGAUUUAAACUAUCUUCGUCAUGGAUUACUUCUCGCAUUUGUAUUCCUCUUUGCAAAAACCAUAGAAUCAUUGUCCCAAAGACAAUGGUAUUUUGGUGCUCAUCGAAUAGGCAUUAGAAUUAGAGCUGCUCUUAUGGCAUUGACAUACAAAAAGUCUCUACUGGUCAAGCAUGAUGUCACAAGAAAUGGACAAGUCAUCAAUUUCCUUAAUGUAGAUGUUGAGAGGAUAGGGGACUUCUUCUGGCACAUUCAUGGAAUCUGGUUGCUCCCUGUUCAGGUCAUUUUUGCAUUGAUAAUCUUGGGCUUGAACUUGGGUGUUCUUCCCUCAAUCGCUGCACUUUUCACCACAAUUAUUGUUAUGGUGAGCAACACCCCACUUGCCAGUAUGCAAGAACAGCUGCACUCGAAGAUUAUGGAAGCUCGAGACUUUAGAGUCAAAGCCACUUCUGAAACGUUAAAAAACAUCAAAGUCUUGAAACUGCAUUCAUGGGAAUCAUCAUUCAUGAAGAAGUUGCUUCAACUAAGAGCAACAGAGAGGAGUGUCUUAAGGAGAUACCUAUAUACCUGUUCUGCUGUGGUUUUUCUCUUCUGGGCUUCACCAACUUUAGUGUCCGUUGUGACUUUUGGUGUUUGCGUUGUGCUCAAAACACCUCUAAGUGCAGGAACUGUCCUUUCUGCUUUAGCGACUUUUCGUAUCCUGCAAGAGCCCAUAUACAACCUCCCUGAGCUGAUAUCUGUGAUUGCUCAGACAAAGGUUUCAGUUGACCGGAUGCAAGGUUUUAUCAUAGAGGAAAGCCAGAAGAGUUUGACAGGAUAUCUUGCUCCCAAUGACACAACUGCUGAUGUGGCAGUUGAGAUUGAGCCUGGAGAGUAUUCUUGGGGAAGCGACUACAUGAGAAAACCCACAAUUAAGAUAACUGAGAAAAUAAAAAUCAGGAAGGGAUACAAAGUUGCAAUCUGUGGUUCUGUUGGUUCAGGCAAGUCAAGCUUUCUCAGCAGCAUUAUGGGUGAGAUCCCAAAGGUUUUUGGGCGAAGUGUCAAGACUAAUGGCUCAAAAGCACUAGUGUCACAAAGUGCAUGGAUUCAGACAGGGACUGUUAGAGAGAAUGUGUUGUUUGGGAAGGAAAUGGAUGCAGGUCGAUAUCAUGAUGUUCUGGAACGAUGUGCUUUAAAACGUGAUAUUGAAAUGUUGGUUGAUGGAGAUCUUACUAUGGUGGGAGAAAGAGGAAUAAACCUAAGUGGGGGGCAAAAACAAAGGAUUCAAUUGGCCAGGGCAGUUUACAGUGACUCAGACAUAUAUCUCCUAGAUGAUCCUUUCAGUGCCGUUGAUGCCAAAACUGGUGCUCAUAUCUUCAAGAAAUGUCUGAUGGAGACUCUGCAUGGCAAAACUGUUAUUUAUGCCACACACCAGUUAGAAUUUUUAGAUGCCUCAGAUCUUGUCUUGGUAAUAAAAGAUGGUACAAUAGUUCAGUCAGGGAAGUAUGAAAAUCUGAUAGGAGACUUGAAUGGUGAGCUUGUGAGACACAUGGCUGCACACCAAAAAUCACUAAAUCAAGUCAGCCCUUCCAAAAACUAUUGCAUAAACAAGUGUCAAAAUCCAAACAACUUGAUGAUUGAAAUGAUAGAAGAAUGUGAAGAACUUACGUUCAAUGAUAAACAGUUGGAAAACUCUCAGCAGGAAGAGACUGAAUCAGGCCGAGUUAAAUGGAGUGUAUACUCUACUUUUGUGACCUCUGCAUAUAAAGGGUCUCUGGUCCCCCCUGUUCUUUUAUGUCAUAUUCUUUUCCAGGGGUUGCAAAUGGCAAGUAAUUACUGGAUGGCAUGGGGAACUGAAAAAGGAAGAGUUUCCAGAGAGCAACUGAUUGGGAUGUUUGUCUUGCUUUCAGGCGGAAGCACUAUCUUUAUCUUGGGCAGGGCAUUUUUGCUUUCAACUAUUGCAAUUGAGACUUCUCAGCAGUUUUUUACCCGAAUGACUGAAUCAGUUUUCCGUGCACCUAUGUCAUUUUUUGACUCUACACCCUCGAGCAGAAUUCUCAACCGUGCCUCCACAGAUCAAAGCACUCUGGAUACGGAUAUACCUUAUAGAUUGGCAGGUCUGGUGUUUGCUCUUAUACAACUACUCAGCAUCAUUAUACUCAUGUGCCAAGCUGCGUGGCAGGUCUUUAUCAUCUUCCUAGUCAUACUUCCCAUCUCCAUGUGGUAUCAGUCUUAUUACAUCAAAUCUGCUAGAGAACUAGCUAGGAUGGGUUCUAUCCAGAAAGCUCCAAUUCUCCAUCAUUUUUCAGAGUCACUCCAUGGAGCAGCAACAAUUCGUUGCUUUGCUCAGGAAUUUCGCUUCUUGCAGAAAAACUUGAGUUUCAUUGAUGAUUACUCGCGCGUUUCAUUUUUCAACUUCGCCACAAUGGAAUGGCUUUGCCUGAGGAUCAACUUCCUUUUCAACCUUGCCUUUUUCGUUCUUCUCAUCAUUUUGGUGAACCUUCCAAGAUCAGCCAUUGAUCCCAGCUUAGCAGGACUUGCUGCUACAUAUGGAUUAAAUCUUAAUGUUCUUCAAGCCUGGUUUAUUUGGAACCUUUGCAAUGUAGAGAACAAAAUGAUUUCAGUUGAAAGAAUAUUACAAUUCACCAAUAUACCCAGUGAAGCUCCACUUAUUGUUGAAAACAGCAGACCAAAGUCAGAGUGGCCAGAGAGGGGAAGAAUUCAAAUUGAAAAUCUUCAAGUGCAGUAUAGCCCUGAUCUUCCUUUAGUUUUAAAAGGAAUCACUUGCAUCUUUCUUGAGGGAAAGAAAAUCGGUGUGGUUGGAAGAACUGGAAGUGGUAAGUCCACGCUUAUUCAAGCCCUCUUCCGGGUUGUAGAGCCGUCACAAGGACGGAUCAUGAUUGAUGAAAUAGACAUUUCAAACAUUGGUUUGCAAGAUUUGAGGUCUCAGCUGAGUAUAAUACCACAAGAUCCAGCUUUGUUUCAAGGAACUGUGAGGACCAAUAUCGAUCCCCUUGAGCAGCACACAGACCAUGACAUUUGGGAGGUUGUGGAUAAAUGCCACCUUGCUGGGAUAGUAAAGCAGGAUUACAGACACCUAGAUGCACCAGUUGCUGAAGAUGGGGAAAACUGGAGUAUAGGGCAAAGGCAGCUUGUUUGUUUGGCAAGGGCCUUACUACAGAGGAAGAGGAUUUUGGUGCUUGAUGAAGCUACGGCUUCAGUAGAUACAGCUACUGACAAUGUUAUUCAGAAAACAAUACGAGAAGAAACUAGUGGUUGCACAGUCAUAACUGUCGCGCAUCGGAUUCCCACUGUCAUUGACAAUGACCUUGUCCUUGUACUUGAUGAAGGAAAAAUUCUUGAAUAUGAUUCUCCUGCUCGGCUACUUGAAGAUGAUUCCUCUGCAUUUUCUAAUUUGGUGAGGGAAUUCUUGAGAAGAUCCACCAAGGCAGGCCAAUUGUGAUGUACGGCUUAGACACACUCUAAACUCCAUGCCAUUUCUCUCCUCAGAACAACCCUGAGCACUCUCAUGAACAGCAGCUAGAAGAGGGACGGUUGAUUCAACUGGAGUCAGCUUAGGAUAUUAUCUGAUCACAUCUAACACAGCCUAGUUAUAAAUGUAGCAGUGAAUUGGGUGAUUGAAACAAAGGUUUCUUAAUCAACCUACCGGCAGGGAACAAUAUGAGAGUAUUUAUAUCAAAAUUGUUUCAAAUAAGAGUAAAACAAACAUGAAUGAAGUGCACAAACACUACUGAUAAAGGGAAAAUCGCACAUUUCGUCCCUGAAAUAGUCGCCAUAUUGAAAUGUCAGAUCCGUAUUUCGGAGGUUGUAAUUGUCACCACUCACUUGUCCAAAUUGAUGUAAAUGUGGUCCUUUGAGGGGUGAAAUGUACUCCUCGUCCAUAGUGUACAUUUCACCCUCAAAGGAUCACAUUUACAGCAAAUUGGACAAUUAAGGGGUGAAAUUUACAAACUCGGGAAUACGGGUCUGACAUUUCAAUAUGGUGACUAUUUCAGGGACUAAGAGUGCGAUUUGAGGAAAUGUAUUAUGUUUUAAUCAUUGGGAGUUUGUAGUUUCUUUCAGUACAGUGUUUAUUCGCUUGGGCAUUGUACAGUUUGUUUCGUUUCUAGAUUGGUAGAGGAGCCUCCUUUGUUGUGAAAACCAUGCUAUGCUAGGCCUGGGUGGCUGUCGGGUGUUUACGGCUUACCUCGGCUGACUGCAUAGGUAGAGCAGCCUACAAUUUCUAAUAAUAAAACUGUAUAUCGAUUUGCACAAUUGCACCAUAAUUUGUUUUUUUUUGUUGCUUGGGUAUUUGGUAAGACCUUACUCGGAGCAUAUUCUACCAUUUAUGUUGGCUUAAAA